CAAGUGACGGCGUAGGGUCUCCGUUUCCGAAGAACGACCUCGGCCACCAUCGUCCGCUGCCAAUCUCGCUUGCUUCUCUUCCUUUCCGAAACGAAUUCCGGCCGACAGUGCCGGUGAUCGAGGCUCGUGUUCGAUUUCUACACCUCGGAUCCUGUCGCAGCCGGUACCGGAUGCUGCUGGAGCACUGGAUCGAGUCGCCGUCUCCGUCGUCGUGAUCCUGCGAUGGGAUCGAGGAGCGCUGGCUGGCUUACUCUGAUUUCUGGCUGCUGCAGCUGAGAUGCGCCCAGAUCAGGCAGGCAAUCCUCCAUCGUUCCUCGACGGAGACCGCGCGAUCUCGGAGUUUGAGACCCCAGGGCCCCUCCUGUUCCUCCCCUUGCUCUUCAUCCAGGGGGGAGGAAUGGAUCUCUCCAAGGUCGGGGAGAAGAUAUUCAGCUCCGUGCGAUCCGCUAGAUCUCUCGGACUUCUUCCCUCCUCCUCUGAUCGGCCCGAGGUUCCUGCUAGAGCAGCAGCUGCAGCUGCUAUUGCUCAUGCUCUCGCUGCCAUACCACCCUAUCAAAAAGUUAAUAGACUAUCAAGCUCAGAAGAAUCAGCAUCAAUUUAUAAUAGCAAAUCUAUUGAUGAUCUUGAGGAGGAGUUCUAUGAAGAGGAUUUUGAUCCAGUUGGAUAUGUCCUGGAAAACUUUCCAGAUGAAGAACUUGAUUCUACCUACUUUGAUAAAAAGUCAACCCUUAGGUUGGCACAACUUGAUAAGAUAUCAGAGCAGUUGUCACAUCAUGUCAUGGAGCACCAUGAAGAGAUGGUGAAGGGAAUGCAGUUAGUGACCGAGCUGGAGCAAGAUUUGAAAGUUGCGAAUGUCAUCUGCAUGAAUGGGCGGCGACACCUAACUUCAUCAAUAAAUGAGGUUUCAAGAGAUCUUGUUGUCAAUAAAAUGUCAAGAAAGAAACAAGCAUUACUGGAUAUGAUCCCAAUUCUUACAGAACUUCGUCGUUCAAUAGACAUGCAGAUGGACCUAGAAGUUCUUGUUGAAAAUGGAAAGUAUUGUCAGGCAUUUCAGUUGUUACCUGAGUAUCUGCAAAUUUUAGAUAAUUACUCUGAGCUUUCUGUUAUUCAAGAGAUGGGACAUGGAGUUGAGGCUUGGCUUGCUAGGACAAUUCAAAAGCUAGAUUCACAUUUGCUGGGUGUUUGCAGGGCAUUUGAAGAAGAAAGCUAUGUAACUGCAAUUGAUGCUUAUGCCUUGAUGGGAGAUAUAGCUGGUCUUGGUGAGAAAAUUCAGAGUUUCUUUAUGCAGGAAGUUCUCUCUCAAACACAUUCUGUGUUGAAAGAUAUGAUAUCAGAGGAAAUUGGAAAUCCUUCGCUGACAAGUAGACUCACUUACAGUGAUCUCUGCAUUCAGAUACCUGAAUCUCAAUUUCGUCAGUGUUUGUUGAGAACUUUGGAUGUCUUAUUUAGGUUAAUGUGUUCAUAUUACUCUAUCAUGAGCUUUCAUUCACAAGAAAAGGUCUUAGGUUCCCAGAAGCCUGAUAUUGAUCUGAAGAAAAGUAGCACAUCACAUGACUUGGAAGGAUCUAUACCUGAUUCAAUGUCCAUUGUUCCAACUCACUCAAUCGAGCAUAUUGACUAUGCACCUAUGUCAUCUAACCAGAUGGAUGGAAUUAUUGUGCCAAACAAUGUAACCACCACAAGUUCAGAUACCAUGCCACAAAGUUCUUGUAGUUCUACAAUGGAAAGGCCAACUGAUUUAAGUGAGGCUGGGGUUGCCACUUCAGCUUGUGAUUCUCCUUUCUACCAGUUGAGAAAGGAUGCAACAGCUUUUGUCUCUCACACAUUAGGAAAAGGGAGAAAAAAUCUGUGGCAACUGACUUCAAGUCGUGUCUCGGUUUUGCUUUCUUCUUCUGCUAUUUGCUCAACCAGUACUUACCAAUUCUUACGGAACUACGAAGAUCUCAAUAUUUUUAUCUUAGCUGGUGAAGCAUUCUGUGGCACUAAGGCUGUUGAAUUCAGGCAGAAAUUGAAGACUACUUGCGAAAGUUAUUUGGCAUCCUUUCACCGUCAAAAUGUGUAUGCUCUUAAGAUGAUUCUAGAAAAAGAAUCGUGGGUGAAAAUGUCAAUGAACACGCUACAAGUAAUUAAUUUAGCUGGUCUUGUUGGUGAUGGGGCUCCAUUGAUUGCUCCUUCUCCAGGUCAUGCAUCCAUGUCUAUGCUUGAGUUGAAGAGAACUAAUGAUUCUGUUGAUUCUGGCAAACAGAAUGGAUUUGCCUAUUGGCUUCAGAUGGAAAAUCCAUUUUAUUCAAAGCUGACAUUUGGCUCAAAGGAAUCACCACGAUCUAUCUUAUCACUUAAUGGAUCAACCUCAAAUUUAGGCCAAGGACGUGUUGGUAUUUCGCACAAUGAUGAUAUAUCUCCAAAGAGCUAUUAUAAUGAUCAGGCUAAUGGAAGUAGUUCUGUCAUGGAGGAUGAGAAUGAAGAUCUUCUUGCCGACUUUAUUGAUGAGGAUAGUCAGUUGCCUAGUCGAAUAUCUAAACCCAUACAUAACAGAACAAAAUCCUCAACCUGGAGCAGUGAGGAAAUCUCAGCACAGACAGGGUCUUCGCUUUAUCUUUUAAGGUUGUUGGACAAGUAUGCUAGGCUUAUGCAGAAACUAGAAAUAAUCAACGUUGAGUUUUUCAAGGGCAUCUGUCAAUUGUUUGGUAUAUUUUAUCAUUUUAUAUUUGAGACCUUUGGUCAGCCAGAAGCUAGUCAAAGUGGGAAACCCAUACCAGAUUUUCUACCUUCUCGAAUUAAAACAGCUUUGUCAAAGAUUAUGCAAGAUUGUGAUCAGUGGAUUAGAACACAGAACAUAUUACAUUCAAUUUCAUCACCUAUCCCAAUGAGUCCAACAUUCGCACAGAUGGAUGUAACGCCUACAGCACCUCCUAACACGUUUUUUGGGCAUGCACCUAACACUUCAUUUGGAUUAAAGGAACGAUGUUCUUCUGUUGAAACCAUAUCAUUAGUUGCUCAAGUACUGCAUAAAUCGAAGGCUCAUAUCCAUUCUAUGUUAUCACAGCACAAUGCUUGUGUAAUAGAAGAGUUUUUCAUCCAUCUGGUGGAUGCAGUUCCUGAUCUGACCGAGUAUAUUCACAGGGCAACAGCUCGUAUGCUUCUCCAUAUUAAUGGGUACGCUGAUAAGAUUGCCAAUGCAAAAUGGGAGGUGAAGGAGCUUGGUUUUGAGCACAAUGGGUAUGUUGACUUGUUAUUGGGAGAAUUCAAACAUUAUAAAACAAGGCUCAUGCAUGGUGGGAUUUCAAAGGAGGUUCAAGAUCUCCUUUUGGAAUACGGACUUGAAAAUGUCGCAGAGACACUUAUUGAAGGUCUAUCACGUGUUAAAAGAUGCACAGAUGAAGGAAGAGUUUUAAUGUCACUCGACCUUCAGGUCUUGAUUAAUGGACUACAACAUUUUGUGACCAUAAAUGUGAAGCCAAAGUUGCAGAUAGUGGAAACAUUUAUCAAGGCCUACUAUCUCCCAGAGACUGAAUAUGUUCACUGGGCUCGCACUCAUCCGGAAUUCAGUAAAUCUCAGAUAACUGGACUCGUAAAUCUCGUUGCCACCAUGAAAGGUUGGAAGAGGAAGACAAGGUUGGAAAUCCUAGAAAGGAUCGAAGCAGGCAAUUAAAAGAGAGUAGAUCUACAAUUUUUUCGACAUGUAAAGUUCUAAUUAUUCAAUUUUCUUUUCUUUCAUUUUGUAUAUGUACCUUAGGUAUCUAUAUGUAACUUGGAUAUCUUCGAGUCCGAUUGUUUGGCAGCAUAUAAUGAUAAAUGUCUUUGAACAA